AUGAAUCGUGUGUCUCAUAUGAGAAAGUAUGCAAAGGAGGAGAUUUGUGAAGAUAUUAUGAUAAAAAUAUUGGAUUUUUUGCCUUCAAAAUGUCUGGCAAAGUUUAAAUGUGUAUCCAAGUGUUGGGAAAAGUACAUUGCUGAUUGCCGUUGCAGACGAUGGAACCAAAAACCAUAUCUAGUUGGUUUCUUUUGUCAACAUUCAGAGAUUCAGCGUGAGUUACGCUUUUUCUUGUCGUCUCAAUCAGUGAUUGAUGGCACUUUCGAUGAGUCAUUAUACAAUCUUUUGCAUCGCAAUGCAUGUCUUGUUGCAGCAUCCAAUGGGUUUCUUCUUUGCAAUGUGAAAAAGGUUCAUUACUAUGUUUAUAAUCCUGCCACAAGGCAAUUAUUGAUUCUCCCAAAAACUCAAAUCUGCAUGGAGAACGAUGACUAUAAUCCACCACCUAUUGGAUUUAUUUGUAAAGUAGAUAACCGUGAUAAUAAAGAUAUUAUCUCCUUCACUAUAGUUCGGUAUGCAAUACCUGCAAAACCUCUGCAGUUUGCUUUACAGUUGGCUGUAACCAUCGAAAGUUUCUCUUCUGAAACUAAUGUGUGGACUGCAAAUAAGAUUAUUCUUGAUGUACCUAUAAGACUGUUUCCUUGUACCCUUACGAAGUCACCAUCGGCUAGUGUCAUCGAUGGAGUAUUCUGUUGGUAUGAUGAUUCAUUACAGAUAACUGUUUAUGAUAGUAUCCACAAGUCUUUCUGGGAUUUGAAAUUGCCUGAAGAUAUGGAGAGAGGAAUAGGUUGUGGUUAUCUUGGAUCAUCAGCUGGUGGAUUGUAUUUUGCAUUGAAUAUUAUAUUCAAGGGAACCGUCAUUGUGUGGUACCUUGCUAGCAAUAUUCGUAAUCGAGAUGCAGUAUGGGUUAAGAAGUAUGUUGGAAAUGUAAAAAGCACUGUUCUACAAUGUCCGGAGGAUUUUGGAGUUGAGGGCUAUCCUCACAUUGAGUUGAGUAACAUGGUGAUCCAUCCUACUGUCCCACACAUAUUUUAUUUGGGUUUUCAGCGUAAUAUUAUUUCUUAUGACUUUGAGAAGGAUGUUGCACAACUUGUCAAUAUUUUUUCAGGAGGUCCAACGAUGAAGCGCUACAAAUUGUUUCCUUUUGAAUGGUAUCAAUGGCCACGUCGUCUUCUGUAA